AUGAGGGUUGUGAAAACCGCCGCUGGAAGGAGCAUGAUAGUCUUCGUCGCUGCAUCCGUAUUUUGCUCCCUGAUGUCAAAAAUAAUGGUGACCAGAUACUUUUUCGACUAUCCAGUGGUUAUUCUUAUGAUGCAGUCCGCUGCAACAUUAUUUGUUAUUGAGGUUACAAGAGUGCUAGGAAUCCUCAAAGUCGCACCAUACUGUUUCGAGAAGGGACGUCACAUUGUAAUUCCAUCGAUUCUUUAUACAAUUUCCCAAUGGAUUACUGUAGCUUCAUUCGAGGGAAUUGCAAUGCCAAACUUUGACUCUGUGAAGCGGCUUACCCCGAUUUUGAUUCUAGUCGGUCUAGCUGCCAGAAAUAGACAACAGAGAGUAGAUCAGAAUAAAACCUUUAUAAUUAUUGGAUUAUCGAUUGCUUCAGCGUUUGCAGUAAAUCUCGACUUAUCCGUGGACAGAUAUUCUCUGAUGUAUGGGCUUGUUGGAGCAAUCCUUCAAGCCGCUGCAUUUGUACUUUUUGAGGAACAUCUUCAGAAUUACAAUUACACUGAAGUCUUGUACAUGCACUCUUUCAACUCGCUCGUCUUUUAUCUUCUGGCCGAUAUGGUUCGAGACGAACUCCGAGAUGCUUUCAUGUAUAUGAUCACUUCAGCUCAUCCGCUUUUCAUUAUUGUUUUUGCUGUUUCCAUGUUUGCCGGAGUUCUCUUCCACUUCACGACAUUCUCCUGUCUCGAGAAGAAUGGUCCAUUGAAUAUGCAAAUUGUGUCAAAUGUUCGUGCAGUUGUUGAGACAUUCUUGGCUUAUUACCUCUCGGUUUAUCUGUUUUACGAUGUGUACCCGGGAGUUUUGAACUGGGCUUUCCUCGCAGUAACCUUUGUCGCUGCAAGAGCUCUUGUCAAUCGAGACUGUGAGCCAGAAAUUGUGAAGGGACCAUGGAUGAGCAAAGCAUAAUCAUAAUAAUACAUUUUAAACUUUAAAACAUUCCCAUUUGAAUUGGUAAUAAAGGUUUCAGUUUCGUC